GAAAGGUUGUUGAACAAUUUUAAUCAAGAUAGCUGUUUUACGGAAGUAAUUAACCAGUUCUUACUAAAACACUGAAGUCAUAGGGAGAAAUGUAUGCCGAACGAAGAUAUUCUUCAAGGGGCUUUUUGUGCCAACAUUUCUCGAAGAAAUUCUUGAAUUAAUUUCUAAAUUCUUAUCUUGAAACAGGGAACUGUUUCCAUCGCUCUUACUUUUUGCGGCUGUGAGGUUGGCAGUGCAGCAUCAGCUGUUACACGGGUUGCCUAUGUCACGUUCUCUCUUUAAAUGAAGAGUCGCGAUCGCGACGGGGACUACGGGACCCGCGAGCCUGGCUGGCACUUGAAGUAAUUCACUCGUCCCGCUCUUUUUUUGUGCGUGUGCGUGAUAUCGCAGCACUUAGCCUUACGGUACAAACACGGCGUACACGUCGCGUUGUCAGUGAAUGAGUGCCUGUUGGACCGGACACGUCUGCUGCCAGUGUGUGUGUGGAUUCGUUACAUAUGUGUCGUUCUGCUGUUGUUUGUAAAGCAUUUCGAAACUACGAGGAUUGCUUUGUGCUGAUGUAUUAAGUUCGAUGGAUUGUUGCCGUUGGACACUGCGUGAAGGUUGCUGUCUUCUAAUCUCCAAGGCACAAAGAUACCUGACAACAGAUUUGGACGAGGGUUGUAAACUAAUCCUCCCCACCGUUCAGUGGGAGAGGCGAAUCAUCAUCCCAGCAGGGUGUUUCAGUGAGGUCGGCAGCCCCGCCCCACGCGGGUCCAGCAGGUGCGCCCCGGGUGGCUCUCGGCGCGCCCCGCGGCGGCGCGCACCCAGACGUGCCCCCGGGCGUCUCGUACGUCAUCAUGGACGGCGAGACGGCGCUCGACGCGCUGCAAAACUUGACGAGCGCCGCGGGCACCAACUACUCCAUCGACAAGAACUCGGACCUCGGCGACAUGUACUUUAACAUGACCAACUAUGUCGGAGACACUCUUAAGAUGAUGUGCAUGAUGAGGAGUCAUCACAUGCUCACUGAUGUUGUCCUUCAAGCUGGAUCAGAACAGUUCCAUGCCCACAAAUUAGUCCUUGCAUCAGCUAGCCCAUACUUCAAAGCAAUGUUCACUGGCGGUCUGAAAGAAUGUGACAUGUCACACGUCAAGCUUCAGGGUGUUUGUCCCACAACACUAGCCCGUAUUUUGCAAUUUAUGUACACUGGUAUUAUCAGAGUUACUGAAGUUACAGUUUGCCAACUUCUUCCUGCUGCUACUAUGUUCCAAGUUCCUGAUAUUAUUAAUGCAUGCUGUGUCUUUCUUGAGAGACAACUUGACCCUUCCAAUGUUAUUGGAAUAGCAAAUUUUGCAGAACAACAUGGUUGUAAGGAGCUACAUGAAAAAGCUAACCAAUUUAUUGAGCAGCAUUUCACUCAGAUUUGUCAAGAAGAAGAAUUUUUCCAACUCUCGGCUAUGCAGCUGGUGGCCUUGGUUAAAAAAGAUGCCCUCAAUGUUCAGGAUGAGCAAGAUGUGUACCAAGCUGUACUUCAAUGGGUGAAAUAUGAUGAAGAAAAUAGAAGACCAAAAAUGGAACAUAUUCUGCAAGCUGUCCGAUGUCAAUAUUUAACUCCUGCAUUCUUGUCAAAACAAAUGAAAAGUUGUGAUCUCCUCAAAAAACUCCCACAGUGCCGGAAAUACUUAGCACAAAUAUUUAAAGACAUGACUUUGCAUAAAAAGCCAUGUGUCAAGGAAAGAACACCAAACACUCCACGUGUUAUAUACAUUGCUGGUGGGUACCUUCGGUAUUCUUUAGACAUUCUUGAAGCUUUCAAUGCUGAUGACAAGACAUGGACUCAGCUUGCAAAACUGACAGUUCCUCGGUCUGGAUUAGGUGGAGCUUUUCUUAAGGGAAUGUUUUAUGCUGUUGGAGGGCGAAACAAUGCCCCAGGCAGUAGUUAUGAUUCUGACUGGGUAGAUCGCUACCACCCUGUCUUGGACCAAUGGCGACCUUGUAGCCCCAUGACUACUCCUCGUAAUCGUGUUGGCGUAGCAGUGAUGGAUGGGUAUCUGUAUGCUGUUGGUGGCUCUUCCGGAAGUGAUUAUCAUAGUAGUGUAGAAAGGUAUGAGCCAGAUGAAGAUAGGUGGACACUAGUUCGCCCUAUGCAGUACAAGAGACUUGGUGUGGGAGUUGCUGUAGUAAAUAGAAUGUUGUAUGCAAUGGGAGGGUAUGAUGGAAUUAAUAGGCUAAACAGUGCAGAGAGUUACCAUCCAGAAAAUGAUGAGUGGACACCUAUUUCUCCCAUGCAUGUUGCCAGGAGUGGAGCAGGUGUUGCUACCCUGAACAACUGUGUGUAUGUUGUUGGGGGUUAUGAUGGAUCAAAACAGUUAAACUCAGUGGAAUGCUAUGACACUGAAAAGGAUACAUGGGAGUUCAGGGCACCAAUUAGAAUAUCACGCUCUGCUUUAAGCCUAACUGUUUUGGAUGGAAAAUUAUAUGCGAUGGGUGGUUAUGAUGGUACUUCAUUCCUUUCGAUUGUUGAAGUGUAUGACCCUACAAAAGAUGUGUGGGAAGAAGGUGAGCCCCUCACAUCUGGGCGUUCUGGCCAUGCUUCUGCUGUGUCAUUCCAUCAGUGUGUUAUUCAUUGUGAUCAACAUGAACAUUCUCUCAGCACUGAGUCCUCAUUGGGUUGGUGCAGUACACGCCCAAGUAGCACUCUAAGUGCCUUAGCUGGUAGUGCAUUGAAUGGUGCUGUACCAGAACCGCGGACUAGUGGUGUAGGUGCAGUUUCAAAUUCCCUUUCAGCACCUGGAAGAGGACUGCCAGAUGGAUCAGGACCAAGCCUCCCUUAUGGACCGUAAGGUUGAAUUUAGUGAAGUCAGCUAGCCCCUUUGUUACUUGAUCUGAUCUGUUUUAAAGUUAUCUAUGAAAUUCCAUUGUUAUUCUAUUGAACUCAUUGAUAUGUGCUCUCAAACACACUGUAUAAGAGUUAUAUUUUUAUAACCUCCAUGAUUUAGACCAUUUAUGUAUUAGUCCAGGUUGUAAAUACCUACCUUUAUUCCUUAUUAUAAAGAGUUUCAUAUGUCACUCUUAAUCAUUGUUUGUUUUUUAUCAAUUAACUUAAGGUUAUUAUAAUGUUGUAGCCAAAGUUUAAACCUGUGAUAUUCUCAUGAAAUUUUGUGUGUGUGAGAUAUAAGUGUGUUUCUGCUGCUCUCAAGAUAUUCCUGUGGCUCCAGAACAAAACAUUUUAUGUACCUAGAAUUUUAAGGUCAGAAUUUUUUUAGCAUUCGACUGAUAUCUGUAAAACUAAUUUACUGCAUUUACAUUCUCUACAAUGUUUAAAUUUGAUUAUUAUUUUUUUACCGGGUUGUUUUUAUCCCUGCCUACCUCUUUCUCUCAAAAAGAAGAACAGGGAACUAACGACGAUUAUUAUUUUUUUUUUUUUGUGAGAUUCCAUGAGUUGUACAAGGAUACUCGAAAUCUUACCAAAAAAUAUAUAUGAGUGCUAAUGUGCCAUGACAAGUUCGUUAGUGGUCUUGUUUUUUCACCUACUUCAACCUUUUAAAAAAAUAUUGUACAGUCUAAGAAUACUCAAAAGUAGAUUCUAUAGUAUGUUUUUGGUAUGCAGUAUUAGUACGAUCAUGCUCUUUCAUGUGUGCAUAAUACAGAUUCAGGUAAUUUUUGUGUAUGAUUUAUUGAUUGUUUUUGUUUAUAGUUUCCCAAUGUUUUGUUUCUGCAAAGCUUUAUGUAAUUGACAGAAUGCAACUACAACCCAGAACUUUUUAGUGGUGUUGUGCUGUUGCGCUCUGACAAUUCCAUCAAAUUUCUGGUACAAGACUAAGUAAAUAAAUGAAUGUCACUUUUCAUAUAUAGUAAUGCCAAGGCAAAGCUAGAUAUGGAGUGGUGAGAAAGACAAAUGGUUGCACUUAGGCUCUGCUACUUUCUCUGAAGUUGUUUACCUGAAAUUUGUGCACGGCUGAUGGAGAACUCUGUAGACAUUGUCUAUUCCAGUCUAUUACAAAUUUAUUAAUUUAGGUGACACCAAUAUUUUGUAAUGAGUAAAAAUACCUUGAGAAACAUUCAUCCAUAAAGUGCGUAAUGCUUAACUACUGCACUAAUUUGUCAGGUCAGGGUAUUGGAUUGCCACUUGACUUCAGUGUAGUAGAACAAUUUGAUUUUAAUUUAAUAAUGAUGAAAUAUGUUUUUGUAUCUGUAAAAGUCACAGCAGUAGAAGAUUAAAUAUUUAUUUACUGUUCA